ACUCCCGGGACAAACAACGCAAGUACAGCACAAACAAAGCACUCCCAACUCUUUUUAACACAACCCACCACCACCAUCACCAGUAGCCACCGGCCACCAAUGUCGAUCGCCGCCUGUCUUUUCACCCCUUCUCCAUCUUUCUCUCCUCUCCCUAAGGUCAUCCCUAAAUUCACUUCAUCUUCCCAUUUCCGCCUCCACCUAAGCCUUCCCUCCUCCUCCACCACCAGUCUCCGCCACCGCCAACCUUCGCCGUUCUUAACCUUCUCUACCCUUCCCGGAGGCGAUGGUGGCGACAUCAAACACAACAACAACAACAACUCGGGUGGUGGCGGAGGAAACAAUGACGAUGGAAAAGGCAAGGGUAGUGGUGAUGAGAACGCUGGCGAUAAGAACAAGAGAGAGGCUAUGAUUGUGCUGGCCGAGGCAGGUAGGUCGAUGGAGAGCUUACCCAAGGACUUGGCGGCGGCGAUUCAAGCUGGGAGGAUUCCCGGGUCGGUUGUAGAGAGGUUCUUGGGGCUCGACAAGUCUGGGUUUAUGCAGUGGUUGAUGCAGUUCGGUGGGUUCAAAGAAAGGCUUUUGGCCGAUGAUCUCUUCUUAGCUAAAGUUGCCAUGGAAUGUGGUGUUGGGAUCUUCACGAAGACCGCUGCAGAAUAUGAACGUCGAAGAGAAAACUUCUUCAAGGAGCUCGAAAUCGUUUUUGCAGAUGUGGUAAUGGCCAUAAUUGCAGAUUUCAUGCUUGUUUAUCUUCCUGCUCCUACGGUCUCUCUCCGACCUCCUCUUGCAGUCAGUGCUGGGGCUAUUUCCAAGUUCUUCUAUAGAUGCCCUGAUAAUGCUUUCCAGGUUGCUCUCCCUGGGACUUCGUAUUCGCUUUUGCAGAGAUUAAGUGCCGUAAUGCGAAACGGGGCAAAGCUUUUUGCAGUAGGCACAACUUCUUCGCUGGUUGGCACAGUGGUUACAAAUGCCUUGAUUAAUGCCAGAAGGGCUGUCGACAAGUCAUCCGCUGCUGAAGUUGAAAAUGUUCCCAUACUAUCCACCAGUGUUGCCUACGGUGUUUACAUGGCAGUUUCUAGCAACCUCAGGUACCAAGUGCUGGCUGGUGUAAUUGAACAGCGUAUUUUGGAGCCUUUGCUACACCAGCACAAGAUCAUGUUGAGUGCAAUAUGCUUUGCCGUUCGAACGGGCAACACGUACUUAGGUUCCCUAUUGUGGGUGGAUUAUGCUCGUUUGGUCGGCAUUCAAAAGGCUCACGAAGAAGAAAACACCGCAUUGGAGUGAAUAAUGUCGGCUUCUUAAACUCGGCCAUCACAGUUCCAUGGAAGCAGCUUCGCAGGUCUCGUAGUUCAGGGAUGCGAAAGCAUGGUUAAGCCGACAUAUCAUUGCUUUUGAGUCCUCUUUUGCUUAUCAUUGCAGUUAGAGUAAUAUAAUUUUUAGGCUUAAUAUACUUUUAGGUGCCUAAACUAUACCUUAAAUUGAUUUUUGGUGCCUAAAUAAUUUUUUAUUAAAAAUAGGUACCUAAGGUUUCCAAUAUUACA